UUGACGUGGUAGACCAAGGGCAGAUAACUCUGCGCAAACAUUAUGAGGUUACGGCAUUUGAAGUAAAUGUCAUCCUCCCGUUUACAAAUGUAGAAAAGAAAAGUGACUUACAAAAGAAAUUCAAAAUUUGUUUAGAGUCGAUGUUGACGCAUACAUCAAUUCCAGUAGCACUGCACAUUAUUGGAGAUGAAAAAAGUUGGGCCAUAGCCAACAAGUAUCUACUGGACUUCCAAUCUAGGUCAACUAGAGUGACAGAUAGACAGCACCGAAUAAUUCGUCAGGAUGUCAUGACCCUGGCUAAUCGUCUCAGCCCAAUGGUGCAGGCUAUGCAGCGUCAGUUUAGCUAUAAACCAGGAAACUACUACAGCCAUCCUUUGUUUUUCCUCUCGCUGGCCCUUCACAAAGUCCUGCCCAAUACACUUGACAAAGUCAUCAUGCUGGAUGCUGAUCUCAAGUUCAACGCCGAUGUCAGCGAUUUAUAUGCAGAGUUUUCAAACUUUCAAGAGUCAAAUGUCAUAGGGCUAGCUCACGAACAGCAGCCUGUGUACAGACAUACAUUCCAGAUAUAUCGUGACAAGCACCCAGGUACAUCCGUUGGAGAAUCCUUGCCCAAUGGGCACCCAGGAUACAACAGCGGCGUGUUGCUCCUGGAUUUACAGCGUAUGCGGCAGUCAAAACUCUACAAUGAUUUACUGGAUGCGAGCAGGGUAGAAGAUCUCGCCAAAAAAUACAUUUUCAAGGGACAUUUGGGAGACCAAGAUUUCUUCACUUUGGUCUCGAUGGAGCAUAUGGAGUUGUUUUAUACAUUGCCAUGUAACUGGAAUAGACAGCUGUGCCAGUGGUGGAAGAACAAAGGCUAUCAGAGUGUGUUUGACAGAUAUUAUAACUGUACUGGCACAGUCCAUAUAUACCAUGGAAACUGUGACACACCCAUUCCUGUUGAUUGACAGUCAGCUGGAGUGGCAAAAUAACAUUCCAGUAGCAGAGGUAUAUGUACCUUUAUCACAUGACAUAACUGCUUUAAUACGUAAACUUGUUGAGAAGGAGGGAGGAGCAGUGCUAAUUUUGCUUUGUGACAUCUCCAAAUUGAUUGAUACAGAAUCAUCAAAACAGGGCCCACUUUUCACAACUUUCCAAAUUCAUUUCCAUUAUCAAAUUAAAUUUUCUGUGUUUACCAAGAAAGGCUCAAAUUGUUACCUUUCAGUAUAUAUCAGACUCCUACCUGUACUACCUGUAUUUAUAGUGUUAAAAAGUUACAAUCCAUCCCAGUUUAGUAAUUUUGGAAACUUUAUUUUUCAAGUUUUAUUGAGUUUGUGUUGAAUUAUGUUUUUUGCAAAAAACCCCAGCGUAUACCCUCGUCAAAUGAAGUUAGGCCUCUUGUUUAUGCCAUUUGGAGAGCAGUCCUAUGCUUUAACCUUGAUCACACUCUCUAAAACGAGAGGAUAUGUAAGGGCCAAGGCAACGUUAUUUUAGAGAAAUGUUCACAAAAUGUUGUCAAAGUGGGCCCAAGCUGUAAGGUAACCUCUUUUAUAUAUCUCUGGAGGGAGUGGCUAUUACGGUCUGUGAAGACAAAUAUGGUUGUUAAUGAAAUUCAUGAAGUUUUUGUUUAUAUAAUUAAAUUAUGUACAUGUAAUUUCAAUUUUUUUUAUGAAAUAUAUUGCCAGUAAAUAUAAUUGUCUGACACAUUAUGAAUAGUCCGCCUGGAAACAUAUCACUAGAAUAAAAUGUACUGACUUCAAUUCUUUUUACUGGUGGAGGUAAAACAAGAAAAAUGUAAUUGUGUCAUCAUUAAACCUACAUGUAACUCAGUCAUUAAUACUGAUAAAUUCCAUCAUUUCUGUACUUUAAUGUUUUCACAUGGGUUCAUCACUGAUACACCUGCUGAUUAUCAUAUGUUCAGGAAUUUUAUUUUUAACUGUAAUAAUUACAGAUUUCAUGUAUGAGUAGGCAGAUAGAUAUACGGUGUAUCAUAUUGUCAUAUGGUAAUGUGGAGAGUUCAUUCAUAAAAUAUGUAGAAAUAUUUCUUGUAUACAGCCUCGGCUCAUUCCUGCUUUUAUUCCACGAACCACCUACUAAAAAACAAUUGUUCUCUCAAGUUUUCCAGUGCUUCAUUUAAUUUCCAUAAAGUGACCAACCAUGCAAAUUUACUUCUUUCCUGCUGAAAGUCUUUGUAAAUGUCUGUUCCUUGACAAGACCCAAUGCCAGAGGAAAACGUUGUUAGCUUGUGAUCAUCAUCAGGCCAUCAUUAGAAAUAGUGGAUGUAACCCAACCAACAUACUCUUAAAUAGGGUCUUAUUCUUAUUCACAAGUUUUUGAGAUAAAAUAGGAUCAUGGACAAUCAGACUUCUUUGUGGACACAUUUUCUCAAGAGACCAUUAUGUCUCUCCUGACAUCUGAAAUCUCAGAGCAUGCAGUCUCAGGAAACAUGUCUAUAAUUGGCGAGGAUAGUCGUUCCGCUUACCUUCGCAUACCCCACCCCCUGAGUACAGGUUUUCAAGUGGUACUGGGUGAAAAUCUUUUCACAGUAUUUUAUUAGUCAAACAUACCAUAUCACAUAUCACACAAAAGAUAUAUUCCCGAUUACAGUACAUGUAUAAAUUUGCUUUCACGUAUCCAUGGACAUUUCAUGUUUAGUUCUGUAUGUAUGCAUCAAUACAGUAAUUGUUGUGUAGAAACUAUGAAUUUUGUAAACCAGAGGUAUAUAUAUAUUGGUGACUGCUAAAUCUUUCUGUUCAGUGUUCAUUGUGUCUUCAAAUUUCCUUCACAAUAAUCUUUGAUUUAGCCAAUAGGCUCCCUUUAAAGUUAAAGAACAAUUAUCCCCAUAAAGGAAAUGUGCACAGAAAUUGCACUUUCUCGUAUGAACGUCCUAGGCAUUCCAUUGCGAAGAUGCUUCAUGGCACAUUGCUCAAGUUUUGCAUGCCUGCCUGAUCAGCCAGUAAAUUGGCCAGUACACCAAUUAAAUCUAGUUUUUAGAAUCAGCCUUCUUGACAUUUUGUUUGACUCAUGUCUGCCAAUAUUUUAGAUUAUAGCUUUUUUUUUUUUUAAAAA